UUGAAGUAUGACUUGCUGCCCCACCCACCUUAUUCGCCUGGUCUAGCGCCAUCAGAUUUCCACUUGUUCCCUAAGUUCAAAACUUUUUUGGGCGGACAGAAAUUUGCCACAAAUGAUGAAGUCAUAGCCGCUGUAGAGGAGUAUUUUGCAGGCCUCGAAAGAAAUCAUUUUAUGAAAGGCAUUACUGCUUUAGAACGAAGAUGGAAUAAGUGCGUAGAAGUUCACGGAGACUAUGUCGAAAAAUAA